AUGUCAUGGAAACGGCCACUAUUAUGGCUGACUAUUCCGCUGUCCCUGUUUGCCGUGGCCGCAAACGCCCAAGCCUGCCGUCUUCGCAGCCCAUUCACCGUCAAUUCACAGGCGGACGCCGACGAGUUGACCAAAUGCGAGCAGUUCAAUGGCGACGUCAACAUAUCCCCAUCAGCAUCAAGCAACAUUACCUUGGACGGUCUCCUGCAAGUCUUUGGGUCGCUACGGGCCACUCUUCCCGGCCACUCCGACACCGCGGAUGCGACGACCCUAAUUAGCAUCUCUAGCAAGACGCUUAGUUUCGUUGGUGGUAGCCUUGUCAUUAGCUCCGUAUCCAGCCUGCAGUCCAUCGCGCUGCCAAAGCUGAAGAUCGUUGUCGGUGCCCUCGAGAUGUCUGAUCUGCCGUCCCUCGUCGACCUGCACCUCGAAGGCAUUAACUCGGUCGGCAACUUCAGUCUCGUUUCCGCCCCACGCCUGCUCGAGGCGUCUAUUGGCGCGGACAGCACAGAUAAGGAUCGUGACAUCGGCCUGAAGUACCUCACAGACACGACCGAUCCCGCCGUUGUGGUCAGGGAUGUCGGCCUCGCAAGCCUCUCCGGGUUGGUGGACCUCUACGAUGCGUCGCUGAUCGAGCUCGCCGAGCUCCCCAACCUCAACGACGUACUCCUUAACACCGGCCACGUGGGGGAGGUGCGCAUCCAUGGCAACGGCAACCUGACGCUGUCCACAUGGGGGGGACCAGGGAUCGGCACGACAGAGCAGGUCGUGGGGAAGCUCAGCAUCACGGGCGUCAAGCACGUGUCGCCAUGCCGAUCUUUCGACGUGCACGAGUUCAUUGCCGUCAAUAACUCGGUCGAGUACCUGCACUUCAGCUUCACGGCCGUGCAGCGCCUCGAGGUUCGCGACAAUGCGCGGUUGAAGACCCUUGUGCCCUGGAACGGGCACAAUAUUUGGGAGUGGGAUCUCGCCGAUGUCUUGAUCAGGGACAACCCGCUGCUUGUAUUAAGUCAGUUCCCCGUGCGAAGCGCCAACGACACCCUCACACUACUCGAGUGUCCCGGCUCGUUCAACAACAGCGUAGAUCAGUGGCAGUGGUAUCCCUUCCACAUGGAAACCCUGGCUAUCGACGCCGCUAUUAACGACACCUUCUUCAAAAGCUUCACCGACCUUUGGGCUGAGGAGGAAGACCCAGAAGCACAUCUCCGAUCGCUACCCAUAGUCCUGCAGAAUUUCACUGUCAGGUCAACAGACCCGUCUUUCGACUGCUCCCGGCUCGAUGCUCUGAGGUCCGAGACGGUGGCGUUCCCCGGGGCGUACAGCUGCCAGGGCCAUACGCUCAAUCCCCCGAAGGACGCGGCGUCGGCCCUACUACUUGUGUCAUGGAACCUACCGCUUGUUGUUGCUGUCACGAUGAUGGCAUUUUAUGUGUAA